AGAUCACUCCCGCCCAGACUUCGCACCCUAGAAUAGAGCACCCAAACCCCGACUCCCCGAGCUCCCCGCACCUGCAUCCCCGAGCAGCCAAACCCUCGGCCCUCCCUCCCCGACGGCGAUGGCCGCUGCGACGGAAAAGACGGCCGACGAUAUCCGCCGCGAGCUCCAGGAGCUCCAGCGCCAGCACCGCGAGAUCACCGAGCGCCUGCGUGACCCCCGCGGCCUUCGGCGCGGCGCCGCCGGACCCGGACCCGGACCCGGACCCGGCGGGCCCCGCCCGCUCCGCGGCUUCGCGAGACACGCUCCGGAAUCGGGAGACCAGCCUGCGCCGAAGCGGCGGCUGCUAUCUGCUGUAGUUAAGGUGGAUGGCGCUGAAGCUAACGAGGAAGGCACAAAUGAUGCGGAGCUGGAGGGGCGUGAGGGUCCAGGUGCCACUGAAGGCGGUGACAGGAGGGGUGUUACCAAUGGCGGGUUCAGGAGCGAUGGGAUCCAACGGUUGCUGAGGAGGGUGGACUAUAAUUCGCUGCCUGAGCCCGCCCCAAGGGAGCUUCCCAAAAACGAGGACCCAAACAUGGUGAGGAGGAAUAAGAGGAUGCUGGGGCAGCUUCUCGUUGGUACGUUAGAGAAAUUUCAGCAAGAGGACAAAAAACUUUCCAGCUCCGAGGCUUAUCUGCGCAGAUCAGAGACUCAGCGAAAGGCUGAACAAAAGGUUCGUGAGGAAAGUGAAAGGUUGCGACAGCAGGAGCGAGAGCAAAUUGCAGAGAAGCGUAAGCGUGACAUGAUGCUUCGUGCGCGCGUAGCUGCUAGGGCAGAAGAAAAGAGGUUGGAGCUGUUGUACAUUCAGUGGACUGAGCAUCAUAAAAAGCUGUCCAAUUUCUUAAGGACAAAAGCUGAACCACCUAUUUACUACAUGCCAACUAAACCAAUCAUUGAUGAUCUAACUAUUGUUGAGCAGAACAAGGAAAAGGUAUUUGAAGAAUGGAAAUCUGUGCGCAGGGCUGAUCUGACCCAAUUUCAAAAGCAAGUUGAGGAGCAAUAUCUCUCCAAUGUUGAGAGGCAGUUGGAGAGGAUCCAGAAUGCCCGGAACGCUCGGAGGGCGAAUGGGCCUGCAAACAUGCAAGAAAUGGAUAAGGAGCUGGACACGCACAGGGCGGAGCAUGGUCCAAAAACUAGCCGGAUCCCUGAGGAGGGUGGGAGUGAUGAUGAUGAGGAUGCCGAUGACAUGGCUGCGGAAGAUGAGUUGAUGGAUGAAGUCCUGGGUGUCAACGAUGACCCAACCAAGCCAUCAGAAGAAGCUGCUACUGAUGGUGGUGAGCCUGCACCUGAGGCACAAUAGGUCAUGCGUGUUUACGAGCGAGGCACUUGGGUGUUCUGCAUUCGAUAUCGAUUUAGUUGCCGUCUUGUUGGGACUGCCUGUACGUGUACUGCUGUUUUCAUAUUUCGCUGUUUGGGCUGUUUGAGGUUGAGGCCAUACAUUGACUGUCGAUUAUUGUAGCAUCAUUUGUAAACAUUCUACGAUU